AUGAAUAAGAUGGGAUUCUUCGGACUGGAAAGGGAGGUGGUUGAAGGUGUGGGAGACGGCUCUGAGUCACCCUCGGAGCCGCUGAGGGGCCGGGCCGGGUGGGUGGGGGUCGCUAAAGGCCGGGUGGAGGCUUUUAAGGCACGGAACUGCCCGUGCCGUUACACCGCCCGCAGACCUCGGCCCGCAUGGAGCUCGCCAGCCUCCCCUCGGCCAGCCUGGCCCCCAGCCCCGGACCCGCCGGUGAGCCGCGCCGGGCGGGCAGGCGCCGGGGGUCUUGGUGGCCGUGGUGGUGGCGGUGUUGGUGGCGGCGGUGUUGGUGGCGGCCUUGGGGCAGGAGCACGCUGCCGGGCCCCGCUGACCGCCGCUGCCCGUUCUCUCUCCGCAGGCGAGCCCCGGGCGCGCCCCGCCGGCCCCAGCUCGGGGCGGGAGGGCGGCCGGCGCAAGAGAACCACCUUCAGCAAGGGGCAGCUGGAGCUGCUGGUCCGCGCCUUCGAGAAGGAGCCGUACCCCGGCAUCGCCCUGCGGGAGCAGCUCUCCAGCCUCACCAACAUCCCCGAGUCCCGCAUCCAGGUGUGGUUCCAGAACCGGAGAGCCCGGCAGCUAAACCACAAGAAGUGCGAGGCCGCCGCCUACGCCAGGCCGAGCAAGCCGAAGCCGCCCCGGUGCGCUGGCCAGGAGCUCCCCCGGGCGCAGCAGGGCCCGGGGACAGAGCGGAGCCUCCUCUGCCCGCAGCCCGGCCUGCCCGGAGGGAGCCAGAGCUUCGGUGGUCAGCCGCCGUUCUACUCGGGGCAGCUGUACUCAAGGCUCGACAUGCAUUUCAGGAGCUUGGAUAACACUUUUGGAGCGCUGGGUCAGGGCCCAGCUGACUUCGGUUUGGACUGUUCGGGAAGAGGCCUCCCACCAGGUGCGGGAAGCGUGGGGAGUGCCCCUCCCUUCUCGCUCCCUGUGCAGCAGGCACAGGAGUAUCCGCACCUGAAGAAAUCCUUCCCUGAAGGCUGCUACUCAGAUGCAGAUGUUUUCCAGCCUUGUACAGAUCACCAGUACCCAGCGGCUAAGGAGAACACGUACAGGAAGCCUGUGUUAAACUACUGCAGUGCUAACCAGGGCCUGGGUGUUGAGAACUGUUUGUAUGCCAAGUCAAGCACUUCUCCCUUUGGGAAGGGCUCCACUUUUAGUUUUGAUGGGGGGGAACCUAAGCCUGAGCCCGAGCAGAUGAGGCACAGUUCACCUCUGCUUGCAGCUAGUAAUGGCAGUCCUCCUUUGGUACUUCCAAAGCAUGAAGGGGGGUAUCAAAGUGCACUUGCCACUCCAGCCCCAUUGUAUGAGCAGCAGCUGCUGGAGUCAGUAAAUGACUAUGACUCUCACUGGCUGGGCAUGAGAAAUGAAAUUUUGGGAAUAGGGUUAGAUUUGCUGUUUGAGAAUGAGCAAAAUGUGGAGCAAGGUCAGACAAAAAGUUACCUUUCUGCUUUUGGUGGCCAGAAUUCAGUCUGUCAUUUGGGUCAGACAUGAAACUGGCAGUGGGUCCACUUGCCUGGUGGAAAAUGAAUGUGAUUUUUUUUUUUCUCAGUUGCCAGUGUUGUCUGAAGUGGCUAGAGGUUUUGCAGGUCUAGGUGCAGAGUGCUUGCUCUGAGUUUCGUGCCCUGUAUGGAAGGGAACCAAAGAUAAGCCAUGUUAGGAAGGGCUACCUGCUGCAUCUGAGCUGCCUCCCCAGCCCAAGCCACCCUGCACCAGCCCCUUGCAGCAUUCCUGCAUGGUUGUGGGCAGCCUAACAUUAACCUGUGUGCAUCGGCUGAUCUUCACAAGUGUGCCAGCACUGGAGAGUGCUGUGUGUUCAGACUGUGCUGGGUUAAUUCUGCCAGGAGCCCUAGCACUAGGGUGGUGUUUUUGUGGCAUUACUCUACUGAGUUUUGUUUCUAUUCCGGUCUUUAUUCACUUAUUUUAACUUAAGGAA